AUGGAGGUAACACAAAUAAACCUCAACCACUGCGACACGGCACAACAAUUGCUAUGGCAAGUCGCAUCUGAAACCAAAUGCGAUGUGGCGAUCAUAGCAGAGCCGUAUCAGGUACCCCCAAACAACGGAAAUUGGGUGACCGAUAAAGCUAAAAUAGCCGCAAUUACGACGUUGGGAAAAUACCCCUUCCAGGAAGUUGUAUCCAGUGAUUAUGAAGGGUUCGUGAUUGUCAAAAUAAACGAUAUCUUUGUAUGCAGCUGCUAUGCACUUCCGAGAUGGACGAUCGAGCAGUUCGACCAGAUGCUCCACAAUAUAACGGAAGAGCUCAUCGGACGGAAUCCCAUAGUUAUCGGCGGGGACUUGAACGCCUGGGCAGUAGAGUGGGGGAGCAGAUUCACCAAUGCGAGGGGGUUUAGUCUGCUCGAAGGACUGGCAAAGCUGAACAUAAGACUAGUCAAUGAGGGCUCUACUAGCACUUUUCGCAGAGAUGGGAGAGAGUCAAUUAUUGAUGUAACCUUCUGCAGCCCGUCGUUAGCAUCUAACAUAAACUGGAGAGUGUGUGAUGAUUAUACCAACAGCGACCAUCAAGCAAUUCGAUACACCGUCAGCACCCAGUCUCCGCUAACAAGGAGAGUGACGAGAACAAGUUGUAAGAAGUGGAAAUUGAAGGAAUUCGAAAAGAACCUCUUCAUCGAAGCACUGCAGGUAGAACGAAUAGCCACCACCUUAAAUGCAAAGGAACUGACAGAUGUUGUAACGAGGGCUUGUGACGUCACCAUGCCGCGAGUAACAAUACCGAAAAACGAACGCCGUCCAGUAUACUGGUGGACCGAGGCGAUCAACACCCUUCGGACUAGCUGUCUCCGGGCCAGACGGAGAAUGCAAAGGGCUAGAACUGAUACCGACAGAGCAGUGUGCAGAGAAGUUUUCAGAGUGGCGAGAGCCGCACUCAAACACGAAAUAAAGCUUAGCAGAAGAAAUUGCUUUAGAGAACUGUGCCGCGACGUUGAUGCGAACCAUUGGGGCAAUGCAUAUAGAGUGGUGAUGGCAAAACUCAAAGGUCCCUCGACGCCCCAAGAAACGUGCCCGGACAAGUUGAACAGCAUCGUUGAAGGGCUCUUCCCGCAGCAUGAUCCUACGAGCUGGCCACUUGCACCAUACGACGAUAAUGAAGAUUUUGUCGAGAGAGUGACCAUAGGGGAGCUGCCGCUAUCAAAAAGUUGA